AUGGUGGUAUGUUUUAGUAGUAGUUAUUUUUUAAAUAUUAUUUUUAUCGGGAUAUUGUGGUGCAGCAGCAGUUGCGGAGUCACCGGUAAACAAUCGACAUAUUAUCAAAAUCAGUUUGCCGUCCAUAUUCCAAGUGGUAAAACGGAUGCUGACGAAAUCGCGAGUAGACAUGGAUUCGUUAAUCUCGGAAAGAAUUUAUUUUUCGAUUAA